AUGAAGCUCCCCUUGGAAAUUCCUUUCAGCUUUCGUCCGUUAGCUUCUUCUUCAGAUCAUACUGAUCAGCCCCUCAAUCUUUUUCCAACUAUGGGCGCCCAGAAUUCUCUUCAUUCUCUACCAUUUUCUACAACAGACGAAAACCCUCCAGCUUGGAGUAAAGAUAAAGAGGAUAUCACCGUGGCCUUAAACAUUGGCCUUCCUAAUUAUUCGAGUUGCUCAAUUGAUCGAGAUAAAAUGGGAAAUGCAGAUAUGGCAGCUAAUAAUUAUUGGAUACCUACUACCGAAGAAAUAGAAAUUGGGUUCACUCAUUUUUCUUGCCAUCUCUGCUUCAAAACCUUCAACCGCUACAACAAUCUUCAGAUGCACAUGUGGGGGCAUGGGUCGCAGUAUCGAAGGGGGCCGGAGUCGCUAAAGGGAGGAACCCAGCCGCCGCGACCGAUGUUGGGUAAUAUUCCAUGCUAUUGUUGCGCUGAAGGGUGCAAGAACAACAUAAGCCACCCGAGAGCAAAGCCUCUGAAAGACUUCCGAACGUUGCAGAACCAUUACAAGAGGAAGCACGGGAUGAAGCCGUUUUCGUGUCGCAAGUGCGGGAAGCUCUUGGCCGUGAAGGGUGACUGGCGAACCCACGAGAAGAAUUGUGGCAAGCGCUGGCUUUGCACUUGUGGUUCUGAUUUCAAGCACAAGAGAUCGCUCAAAGACCACAUUAAAUCAUUUGGUUCUUCUCACACUCCAUUUCCUCCUGUAUUCGAGGUUGUUGAGGCACUGAACCACACCUUAACGUUCCAUCUAGUUUAG